CUGUAGCAAAAGAUAAAAUUCCGACAAAAAUAAUUCCUCCUAUAUUUACGCAAAUUUCAAUAAAUAGAGAAUUAUUGGGCAAAAGAUUUUUCAGUUGGAAGACUCCAUUGACUUGGCAAGGUUUUUUGCUUACUAUUUCAGAUUUAUUUGGGUUAAUCCAGACGUAUAUACAUUAUUGA